CGACGGCGAAAUAAGGAAGCCUACCUUUUAUCUGGGUUUACUAACAAUCCAAAGUAUUCCAUUGAAAUAUGGUUCAUUCCUCAUAUAUAAAGCACUUUUUUACCAACUACAUCCAACAAGAUGAUGAAAUAUGAGACAACGGUAUCAACCGAGGUAUGUGGACUCUCCUUUGAGUUCCUCUCAUCAGACGCUAUAAGAGCUUUAUCAGCAUCAGAGAUUGGUAAUCCAUCGCAUCAUGGACAGGAAUGUGCAGGACCGUCUUGUAUUCACGAUUCUGCUUUAGGACCUAGUGAUUUAUGCAAUAUAUGCUCUACAUGUCAAGAUGUAGCAGCUUGUGAUGGACACUUAGGUCAUGUAAAUUUUCCUGUACCUAUUUAUCAUCCAUUACUUAUGCCUAGGCUCGUCAAGCUCUUAAAAUCAACAUGCUUGUACUGUCGUAAACUCAAACUAACAAGACAGCGCAUUGUUAAAUUGAUUAAACUAUUCGAUCUUCUACAUGUAGGCCUACUAUCGGACAUGCUAUUAUUUGAUGAGUGGUGCCCUAAUCGCUCAAAACAAUGUUCAUUAGAGGAAAAGGAUGAGUUGCCCAAAUUUCGUUCGGAUAUCUUGGUAUCUGAAGGAUCGCAAAAUGAUUUGGUUGAAGUUAUAUCGGCUAAAGAGGACUAUCUCGACAGUGUUAUGCGCAAGCUAGAGAAUAGGAAAAGAACAGCCAACGCCCCUAUUACUACGUCUCUUUCAGACAAUGAUUUAAAUAUAACGACAACAGGGACACCCAAUGCAAAACUCGAUGCCAUGAAUAAGAAUAUGUCCAAGGCAAAGAAACCUAAAUCCGUAGUGGCGCCAUCUAGUACUGGUAAAAAUAGCCAUACUGGGCAUUUUGAUCUGACAUUUUGGAAUAAUCUGCGCAAUAGGUUUCUUGCAGAGGCUGGUGCUGUAAAUCAAUGCCCACACUGUGAGAGAAAGGAUCUUUUUAAUAUUGCAGCAGCGUCUGAUUUGAGUUCUAUUGACAUAUCAUGGCCUCUUGAUGCCGACGCACCGCCAAUUGGUGAUUUCAUAAAUACGUUUGAUUUCAAUUUCAAUGAUGAACAUGUUGGUAACAAUGACAAAAAUGUAUCUUCCAAAGAACUGCAAUCCUUAAUACCCGGAGUAAUUAACCGUCUAAGCGCUACUGGUCGUUCUAUCAGACAAGUCCAACUGCAAGCAUUCCAAGUGGUUCCUUAUUUAAAAGAGCUCUUUAUGUCUAAUGAAGUCAUACUAGGCCAUGUAUUUCCACAGACACGGAAAAUGGGAUGGAAAAUGUUUGUCAUGUUUUGUAUGGGAGUCCCAGCGAAUCGUUUUCGUCCUGUUUUGCUCGGUGCCGAUCGACAAAUUUCACUUCACGCCAGGACAUCAAUGUUGUUAGAUAUUGUAGUAGCGAGAGAAACGCUUUGUGUGUUGUUGAAAGUUGGUGAUAACAGCAAUCUGAAAAAAUGUAUGCGUGAUCCCAACUAUAUGGAGUCACUGUUUGGGAAGGUAGAGGAUAGGCAGAUCCAAGCAUUUAGAGACUACAUUGUAGCGUGUGGUUCGGACUUCAACAGUGCCGUUUUAAACACAAUACAAAAUUUGCAAAGGAAGGUAUCUCUGUAUACAGAUAGUAGUAAGACUGGAAGUACAAUCAAUUCAAAGCUGCCACAGCGCCCCGGUAUCAAACAAAGUUUAGAGCACAAGGAAGGGGCUGUACGGCACAAUAUGCUGGGGAAACGUGUCAACUAUGCGGCACGUACUGUUAUAGCACCUGAUUGCUUCCUGGAUUCCAAUCAAAUGGGCAUCCCGUUGAUGUUUGCUACUGAACUAACUGUACCAGAAAAUGUUACUUCGUACAACGUUAAUAUGUUACGGAAAUUAUUGAUUAAUGGGCCUAGAAUAUAUCCAGGUGCUAACUUUUAUAGGGAUGAGUAUGGGAAAUUGUACAACCUAGGCACUUUGUCUAUCAAUGAACGCAAGGCCAAAGCGAAACUCUUGCUGACUGAUAUUUCAGAUGGAAGGCAACCAAGAGUGGUUUACCGUCAUGUAUUGGAUGGAGACGUUGUUUUGAUGAACCGUCAACCAACGUUACAUAAACCAGGUAUCAUGGCUCACUUUGUAAGAGUACUCACAAAUCAAAAGAUUUUUAGGCUGAAUUACGUUAAUUGCAAUACUUACAAUGCUGAUUUCGAUGGUGAUGAAAUGAAUUUACAUUUACCUCAAGAUCCAUUGGCUCAAUCUGAAGCCCAAAUCAUUGCUAAUGCAGAUUGUCAAUUCACUGUCCCAAAAGACGGACAGCCAAUAAGAGGACUUAUACAAGAUCACUGUUUAGGUGGUGCAUAUCUUACAUCCAAGGACACGUUUCUUACUUGCGAGCAGUACUUCAAUCUUGUUUAUGUUGCAUUGCAGGAGUUUUUUAAAUGGCACAAAACUAUAUACAUCAGAUCAGAAAGUGGUCUGCGUAAAAUGGAUAAUGGAAUUCAGGUAGAUGUUCAGUUGCAUCAGUUGGCUAAACGACUUAAGCUGCUAAGUGAUCCAUAUGCGAGACGUUGUGCACACGGAAACACUGAAAUGCACGUAGAAGAACCUGCUAUCCUAUUUCCUCAACGAUUGUGGACGGGGAAACAGGUAAUAACCACAUUGCUGAAAACGAUCGUUGAUGGCAUCGCAAAAGGUCUACAUAUGACAGAUGUCAACUUCUUGCGUACUUACAAGGGUAUAAACUUAUACUCUAAGUCCAAAACACCCGGAGAUGCAUGGGGAGGUGCCAAUGAUGGUUGCAAAGAAGAGAGCAUCAUUAUCAUCCGUAACUCUGAAUUGCUGCAAGGUGUUCUCGAUAAGUCCCAGUUCGGCGCAACUCCAUAUGGAUUGACUCAUUUAGUUUACGAAUUAUUAGGACCGCGUGCAUCAGGAUCUCUAUUGAAUGCCUUCUCAUACCUCUUUACAUCAUUUCUCCAGAUGCAUGGAGCAACAUGUAGUCCGCAAGACUUUAUACUAACAAGCGAAGCAGAACGCCAUCGUGAACGCAUUUUACGCCGUAUUAAGCACUGUGGUAUUCACCUUCAAGAAGUAUUUAUAUCAGCAUUAUCAAAUACUCGUAGUGAUACUCCAAUGUUGGAAAAUGGCAGAGGUAGAUCACCAGAGGUCAUUCUAUCAGAUUCUCUAUCAGUGUUCAAGGAUAUACUUAUUGAGCUAAAAACAUUCCCACGUCUAAAAUCGCUAUUGCAAGGUAUAGAUAUUAAAGCAAUAUCAGAUGUUAGAGAUAUGCUGAAAAUUGUAUCCCAAUAUCUUUCGAAAAAUGAUGCAACACCAAAGAUUCAGUCAAAGUUAGCUGACAUUGUAUCCCGUGCAAUAGAAGCGCUUUGUUCUGUGCCAGAAUUACGCGGUUAUCUUCUUGGACAGUUAGGAAACCUAAACGCAGAGUCGAGUAUGAAUAUGCCAAAGAAUGACGGCAUACUUGUGAAAUACUUUCCUUCAUGGCAGAAGGAAUAUGAUGCCGAUAUGAAGAUGUCAAUAAGCAAAGUCGAUCGAUCGUACAUUUUAGGCGACUCGAUCGGAACAUGUUCUUCUAUGUACCGUUUGAUUAAUGAAAAAUUCAAAGGUAAUGAAAAGAUUUUUUACAAGAUGUUUGAUCGAUUCUUUCAGGGUAAUAUUACGGGCGCCUCAAACGACGCCAGUACAGUCGUUGAUAACACCUUGCUGAAGUUUCCGCAAAAUGGUUUUGCCAGUAUGGUUUUAACUGGUGCUAAAGGUAGCAAAGUCAACUUUAGCAUGAUUUGUAGUAUUUUAGCUCAACAGAGUUUGGAGGGAAGGCGUGUUCCUGUUAUGCCUUCCGUACGUACCCUUCCUUCAUUUGCCUUUGGUGACCUUGGAGCUCGUGCUGGUGGAUUUAUCACGGACCGUUUCCUGACUGGAUUAAGGCCGCAAGAAUAUUUUUUCCACUGUAUGUCUGGUCGUGAAGGUCUGGUAGACACUUGUGUUAAGACAGCUAAAUCAGGUUAUCUACAGCGUUGUAUAUUAAAAGCAAUGGAAGAUGUAAUAUGUUGUUACGAUGCCACUGUAAGGAGUUCAGAUGGCACCAUUAUCCAGUUUUCAUACGGAGAAGAUGGUAUAGAUGUGCAAAAGUCAGCUUACCUUAAAAGACCAAAUGACGUGAUCGAGAAUGCAGCGCUAAUAAGUCUCGGACAGAGUGAUUUACCGCUUAAAUUAGAGGAAGGUUUUGUAAACUUACUCGGUAAUAAGUUUACUACUGAUGAUGUUAAAGCAACGUUAUAUCGCCACUACAAGCGUUCACAGUGCGAACCUGGUGAAGCCGUUGGUUGUAUAGCAGGUCAAUCCAUUGGUGAGCCUGCCACACAGAUGACAUUAAAUACAUUCCACUUGGCAGGUCACGGUGCCACAAACGUAACGUUGGGUAUCCCACGUCUGGUUGAACUUAUGCAAACUACUGGAAGUGCAUCUACACCAUACUUUUCAGCUCCUCUCCUUGGCGAUUCCGAUGAUAAUAUUGCCCACAAUGCUCAGCUAGCUAUAAAUGCAUUACGAAAUGUACCAUUAACCGACGUUAUUCAUUCAGUGGCCGUCGAAGAUUCGACAUAUAUGGACGCUAAAGGAGAUAAAUAUUGCGAAUAUGAAGCAAUAGUACAAUUUGAAGACUUGGUUGCAUUUACUAAUGUCGUGCCAUCUAUUAGCAUAUUCGAUAUUUUGAAGAUAACGGCUCAAUGUUUGUUAAAUGGAUUCUUGAAGAAAAUAACUGGUCUCAUGAUAGUAACAAUGGACAGUCAUGUUCCAUACGAGAUUACUGAAUACAGUGAUUAUCUUCAAGAAUGUUGGAGAAGGCUGGUUUUGCAAGAAACGAUACAAAGGAAGAGUAAACUGGCUGACCGGAUACGCCGAAUGGCUCUGAACAGCGGUGGUGCACAAGGUGCUAUUUUGAAGAUUUCUGCUAAAAAUCUGGCUCUUAAUGGUGAAGAUGGGCCUCUAACAGAUGUUACGUCAACUAUAGGGCCGCGUGAAACUCCUUCGGAGGACAAUGAUGUCAAUGAAGAUGCAAAUGAUUCAACCGAAAAGGAGACUCAAGUGAAUGAUGAUGCCGACGAUGACCCGGACUUAGAAAAAAGCAGUGACCAUGAAGAUUCCGAUCCCGAAUCUGAAGUUGAUGAAGAUGGUACCACUACUGUAGACUCCUGUGUUGAUUCUGAUGAUGACAAUUCUCAUAAUCCAGAUUCUGAUGCUGAGGAAACAAUUACUGCAAGUGAUUCACCAAAACCUAUGACAGCAGCAGCUAUUGCACUGAAACUCAAGUUGAAAGGUACUGUUAAUUUAGAUGGUAGUGCAAAGAGAAAAGCCAAGACUUUCUUAGAAUUUGAAAACGAGGUAAAAAUGGGCAAACAGGCAAUGAGUUCAAUAAACACAAAGGUGUUUCAUUUUGCAAAAUCUCUAAGGUACUGUGAGACAACCGGUCGCAUGGUUCUUAAAUUUGGCUGGCCUUUCACCAAGUGUCCUUAUCAUCUUAACCUUCUCCAGUUACUACGUCAGGAAACGUCUUCUCAGAUUUUGCGUAACUCUCCAGGGGUCAAACAACCCCGUGUCGUAUGUCACACUGAUAACAACGGAGAGGUUUAUAAAUUACACUGUGACGGUACAAAUUUGCAGAGGCUAUUCUUACUCAGGGAUGGCCUUGUGGAUUUCAACCGUUUGCAUGUCAACGAUAUAGCAACUGUAUACAGAUAUUAUGGUAUAGAGGCUGCGCGUGCUUCUAUAGUGUCAGAGUUACAGAACGUGUUCUCUGUUUACGGCAUAAAUGUCGACUACCGCCACCUCUCCUUAAUCGCAGAUUUCAUGACAAACAAAGGCGAUAUCAGAACAUUUAACCGUUAUGGUAUGGCACGCCACGCAUCACCAUUGCUACAGAUGUCUUUUGAAUCGACAUUAAAAUUCAUAAUGGACGCCUGUGAACGUGGUGGGUAUGACGACCUAGGUUCACCUGCUGGUGCCAUUGUUGCUGGUAGGCCAAUUAGACUAGGAGGUGGUCUGUGCAAGGUACUACCACAAAUAGAUCUUCAAGGUGUUGUUGAUACCGCAACGCGCUACCCUACUAGCGCGUAUGACCAACAUAUGUCUUCUACACGGAAGAUGGGUGUUGAGUCAUUCGUUUUGGAAACUUAAUCUAAGUUCACAUUUUCGAACUAAACCCUAAUAUCCUUAUUAAAACC